UUCUGCAAAGGAAAAGCUGCUUUCCAUUUCAUAGCUCCUCACCAAAAAGUGUAAGAUGAAUAAAAUUAUUGUUUAUGAAUAUGUAGACUUUAAAGGACUCCAUAGAGAAUUUACUUCAGAUGUUCCUGACCUACACAAUGUGGACUUUGGGGACUGCAUCUCCUCCCUUAAGGUGAUUGGACAACCAUGGCUGACCUUUAGUGACUCAAACUACAAAGGUCUGGCCCAUCCAUAUGAAGAAGGAGAAUAUAACCACAUCAGCCGAAAUGAUGUCAUUUCUUCUCUCCAGCUAGUGAGUGAAGACCUGGAACAUCCUCAGAUUACGCUGUUUGACAAACCAGAUUUUAAAGGGGCAAACAAAAUAAUAACAGAGGAAACCAACCUGACUUAUGGGUAUUUCAAUGAUAAGGCAUCUUCCCACAUUGUCCAGAAAGGUGUCUGGCUCUUGUAUGAACAUGGAGAUAGAAAAGGCUGGGAAUACAUUGCUCGGGAAGGAAAUAAACUUCCAAAUUACGAAUCAGUGUUUCGUCUGAAUAAGAAGUGUUCCUAUGUGUAUCCCCUUAAAGGUGGUCAGCCCGUAAUCAUUUCCAACAUCUUAUGGGAUCACAAGAAAGUAGAGAGUGAGAGGAAUGUAGUGAUUGAUGAGAUAAAUGGUGUCAACAACACGGAUUUUGAGCAGAUAUUUACCACCACUUCCAGCAAAACCUAUGAAUCAUCCACUAGCCAUAGUUUCAAAUUAAAAACUUCGGCUCUUAAAUUAGAUGGGAGCUUCUACUUAAGGAUUGAUCCAAGUACUAAUAUCUUGGUGGAAAAAGGAAGUAUAGACUCUGUCACCAAAGACAAAGUUGAGGUAAUCUUGCCAGCCAAGAUCCCACCACAUUCAGAACUGAAUAUCCGUGUGAUCAUGAAGUUGGUCACUGCUUCUGUUCCUGUGGAACUGACCAUUACCAGGAAUGGGAAAUCAAAGACAGAAUGUGGAGAAUAUCGUAGUGUCUCAGGAAGCUCCAUCAGUGCCAAAUACAUUAUGAAGCCAGUUGAGAAGAAAACAGACUAA